GACCCCUCCAAAAAAUCCCCAAUUCUGAAAAACAGUGUUCACAUUUCUCUCUCUCUCUCUUUUUCUCUCUCCUCAUUGCCCAAUCAAACCCUAACUCGGCGACCAUGACCUGAGCUGAGCUGAACUCGUUCACCACACAAUCGAAAUCAUCAGAAACACGAAACCCGCUCAGCGAAAACCAUGGCAGCGUCGCAGUCCGAUCUGGAGCGACAGAUCGAGCAGUUAAUGGAGUGCAAGCCUCUGCCAGAAGCAGAGGUGAAAGCACUGUGCGAGCAAGCGAGGUCGAUUUUAAUGGAGGAAUGGAACGUACAGCCGGUGAAGUGUCCCGUCACCGUGUGCGGCGAUAUCCACGGCCAGUUCUACGACCUCCUCGAGCUCUUUCGGAUCGGCGGCAAUGCUCCUGAUACCAAUUAUCUAUUCAUGGGCGACUAUGUAGAUCGAGGAUACUACUCAGUGGAGACUGUCUCGCUUCUAGUGGCUCUGAAAGUACGUUAUAGGGAUAGAAUUACUAUUCUUAGAGGAAAUCAUGAGAGUCGACAAAUAACUCAAGUGUAUGGUUUUUAUGAUGAGUGCUUGAGAAAAUAUGGAAAUGCUAAUGUCUGGAAAUAUUUCACUGACCUUUUUGAUUAUCUGCCACUCACAGCCUUAAUUGAAAGUCAGAUCUUCUGCUUGCAUGGUGGCCUGUCCCCCUCAUUAGAUACAUUAGAUAACAUCCGUGCUCUGGACCGGAUACAAGAGGUUCCGCAUGAGGGUCCAAUGUGCGAUCUCUUGUGGUCUGACCCAGAUGACCGAUGUGGGUGGGGAAUAUCUCCUCGGGGUGCAGGGUACACAUUUGGACAAGAUAUCGCUGCACAGUUUAACCACAAUAAUGGGCUCACUCUUAUUUCCCGAGCUCACCAGCUUGUUAUGGAAGGAUAUAAUUGGUGCCAGGAGAAGAAUGUGGUUACAGUGUUUAGUGCUCCAAACUACUGCUAUCGGUGUGGAAAUAUGGCUGCAAUUCUCGAAAUUGGAGAGAAUAUGGAUCAAAAUUUCCUUCAAUUUGACCCGGCACCUCGUCAGGUUGAACCUGACAGCACACGCCGUACUCCAGACUACUUUUUAUAAUCAUCAUAAGUUCAUAACGUACCAUCCACUGGCAAUUCUUCUUGUUUCCUCUUGUGUGUGUGUGUGUUUGGUAGAAUGUGUCUUACAUGAGGUGUGUUGGUGUUUAGGUGAGGGAGAGAUUAAAGAAAUCAUUUUUGUAAUCAUUAUUUCUUUGUACUCUUGUUCUUGUUAAAUAGGAUUAUCUGGUAUAAGGUUUUAGGGGCCUUCCUGUUCUGUCUUGUAUUUAAAAGAUGAAGGAAAUAGCAAAUAACAAGGUAUUCUUUGGCUUCAUAAA